AAAUCGGGCACGGUACAAAUGAUCGUCAGGUGAAAAGUACAGUGCUCUUUCUAUCCGAAGGAAUUUCUUCGGAGUGUGACGUACGUUGUACAGCUUCGUCGUGACGUACGAGAGGAACGGGAAGAACAGUGGACGAGUUUGUAAACUAAAACAGAGACAAACUGGCGGAGCAAGAAGCCUGGAAGGAAAGUGUGCGCAGCGUUUGUGGAUGCAUGAGGGUCUCAUGGCUACCGGAUUCGUAAAGUGGUGGCGGGCAAGGUUCCUCGCUGGCUAUAGACCCUUUUCUGUGGUUGGUAAUACGGAAGGUAGCGAUUCGGAAGAACUCCUUGCCGGUGUCUCGGCACCUCGUGGCGGUUCACCACCGGAAUCCCAGCCAAUUUUGUUAGAAACGGAGGCACCGCAGGUCGCGGUCGACGCUUCCACGAGCCCUACACCGGCCACCGGAAAUGACGAGCAGCCGAGCGCUAGUACAACGAAGCAACUCAGUUUCGAGGAAUUUGAAUGCGACGUUUCGGUAGCAGAGGGUGACCGAAGACGGCAAGAAUUCUCGUUCACCCUGUACGACUUCGACGGCCACGGAAAGAUAACAAAGGACGACAUAGCCGGCCUGGUCACUACCAUUUACGAUACUCUGGGUGCUUCCAUCCAGGUACCACCGUGCGGCAGUAAGACGAUUAAGGUGAAAUUGACUGUGUCGCCGGACCAGAGAACCAGCCAGACACGAUCCACCUCGACCGGCAACGGCAAUGGCAACGGCAAUGGCAACGGCGGUGGCGGUGGCGGAGGCGGAGGCGGCGGCGGCGGCGGCGGCGGCAGCUAUUUAAACGCGUCUACAACGCAGCCGGCUCCGAACUUUUCCGGAAAUUCGUCCUGCUGCCAUUUGAAGCACGCGUCCUGCAACAACGCCGCUGCCCAUACCGUCAGCGCAACACACGGUUUACGUAGAGUUCCUAGAAGGAGAAGGGUGCUACGACACCGUUGCCAGACCGAACAGAAGGAGGUGGAUACCCAUAGCGAGGAUGACGGUGAAAACGCGCGAACGAAUCGAAUAAAGCAGGAGGAAUUACGCAGAAGGGUGGGACCCGUGCCUCAUUUACCGUCACCCUAUUCCAAUAGCUCCGAGGGUGAUAUUAGCGAUGACAGUGACGUCUCCCCCGCAGUUUCCCCCUUGACGCCUCUCCUCACGACUAAUCAACGAAAGCGUAGCGGUGCCCUACAAAGGCAACAGCUCUUGGAAAUUAUUCAGGCGAACAUGGAGAAGAAUAAUCUCAGUUUUCAUACGUCAAGGAAACGGCAUCAGAACGAGCAAAUGCGUGUACCAUCGCAGACGCCGAACGUCGAUUCUUCCCCGCACUACAACCAAGACUGUCGCUCACCGGAAUCCCGGCCCGCAGCUACGACUUAUCACAAGCCGAACCGGGAAAAGCCUCAAGGCUUCACAUCGUUCUCUAAGCUACCUGCUAAAUCACGGGGGAAUCUGAGAAAAACGCGAACGCAGUACGGACUUCAAAGGAACAACACCACUGUGCAACCUCCCCGGGCGUACGUUCAGCCUCAAGUUCUACCGAGAACCGUGAUCAGCCCAAACGGACCGUACGCGGAGCAGCAAACUACCACUGCCACUCCUAACGCAAACAGGAACGGCGCCAACCUGAUAGCGAAUAAUCAACACACGAUCAAUCAAACGCCGCCGAGCAAUCAUAACGUUCAACGUAAUGAAACGGCGCAGUUCGGCCAAACGCAGCAGAGCGGUAAGUCGAGCAAGAAACACCAGCUGAAGCACGCGACCAGGGAACAGGACCACGCCAGAGCCAUGGUUCAGGUCGUGCGCUGGCUGGAAAGGGAGUUCUCGCAGAACGCGGCUGCGAGCUCCGGUCGCAAGCACGUACACGAGCACAUUCAUCAUCAUUAUCAUCAUUACCACACGGAGGCGCUUGUCUGAUUCGUUCCUCGUUCGAGGAAUAUCUGCGCGAGUAUAACUAGAUGCUUCGGCGAUUGCGUUAAUCCUCGAACGACUGAAUGGAAUCUGACCGGUCUCUGGUAUUCGUUCAGAGAUUUUUGUCUUAUCGCUGGCUGUCUGAGAUCUGUCAAUUGAUUUUAUAUAAAAGAUUAGUAAU